GGAGGAGGAGGAGGAGGAGGAGGAGGUGGGAAAGGGAGACAGGGAGGAAGGCGAGUGUCGCGAGGUGAAUUAUCGGCGGGGAGCGACUCCGCGGCCACGACAUGCAGUUCUUUUACAAGGAGAAGAUCCUCUCCCCCGGUCAACUCAAGAGGCUCAGCGAGCACAAGUACAGCUGCUCGAGCGCGAGCCUCCUGGACAACCUGCUGCAGCCCUGGUGGGAUUGGCUGGUGAGCAAGGUGCCCAUCUGGCUCGCGCCUAACCUCAUCACCGUCCUCGGGCUCUUCGUCAACAUCGUCACGACUCUCGUCCUCGUCUGGUACAGCCCCGACGCCAAGGCCGAGUCACCGAGAUGGGCGUGCUUUCUGUGUGCCGUUGGCCUCUUUGUUUACCAAAGUUUAGACGCUAUUGAUGGAAAGCAAGCAAGACGAACGGGAACUUCUACGCCAUUGGGUGAACUUUUCGAUCAUGGCUGCGAUUCCAUUUCAACAGUAUUCGUUGCCUUAUCAGCAUGCAUUGCGGUACAAUUAGGUUACUAUCCGACCUGGAUGUUUUUCCAAUGUUUCUGCGCAAUGACUCUUUUUUAUUGUGCACAUUGGCAGACAUAUGUUUCAGGCUCAUUGAGGUUUGGCAAAAUUGAUGUGACCGAGGCUCAAUUCACAAUAAUUACGAUACAUCUUAUAUCCGCUAUUUUCGGACCUGAAAUUUGGACGCGGAAGAUACCAGUGCCUAGCAUGGGUACCCUUGGUAACCUCGUAGCAGUAAUAUUUUAUGCUGGCUACGUUAAUGUGUUCAUUCAGUUCUGUAAGGUCUUUGAAUCUGGUGGGGUCGGAAAGAACGGUUCGACGAUUGCAUUGCCAUACACUGGCACAGAGAUGAAGAUCUUCCCAUUAUGGGGCGCAGUGGGCGUCGCAGUUUUGCUUGCGCUCAGCAGUAUGUCCGUCAUUCUCGCCGGUGGUGUCGGCAAAAAUGGCUCCACCGUCGCCGGAACAUCCGUGUUGUCGCCCAUCAUACCAUUUAGCUUCGUUGUAGUGCCGGCCUUCAUAAUCUACAGAAAAAGUGCCGAGCACGUUUACGAAAAUCAUCCAGCAUUGUAUAUACUCUCAUUUGGAAUGGUUGCUGCCAAAGUCACAAAUCGCCUUGUGGUUGCUCACAUGACGAAAAACGAGAUGCAAUAUCUAGAUAGUUCAUUAAUAGGACCAGCGAUGCUGUUCCUCAACCAGUACUUUAAUUUCUUUAUCAAAGAAUAUUAUGUUCUUUGGCUAUGCUUUAUUUGGGUUACCUUGGAUUUACUUCGGUACAGCGCACAAGUUUGCACGGAAAUAUGCGAUAACUUGAACAUUCACCUCUUUAAAAUACCAAUAAUUGACCCGCAUCAACUUUAUCAAAAUCAACGUAACAGUGGUACACAAACUGUUGUUGAGAAAAACGUGCAAAUGCCGAUCGAAGAAGAGCCGCUACUGCGCGAGGAGUCACAGCCCCAGGUUCAUCAUCACCAACAGCAUCACGGCUCCGACACGUCACUUGAUCUUUGACAUAACGAUGAAUCUCAUGGGGCCAGCGGCUUGAGCGAGCAGCAGUCCCCGAGAAUAACGGACCUUGUUAUUGUCGCUGUGCAAAGUGACGUUACUCUUGAUAAAUCAU